UUUUCGGUACAAAUGAUGUGAGGAACGGAAGGAUUACUCCUGUAUCUCCGUUCCACGUAUCUAUCCUACAAAUCCGCUUCCCUCCUCGCUGUCUCGCUCAUCGUCGUCAUGGGGACCGUCGAGGGCGUCCGGCUUAGCCACAUCGCUAGGGAAUCCUCCGACUUGGAACGUCUCGCCAAUUUCUAUCAGGAGGUGCUGGGGUUUGAGAGGAUAGAAGCCCCCAAAUUCGCGGAAUUCGAAGUGAUAUGGCUUAGUCUUCCCUUUAACCCCUCCGUUGCCCUCCAUCUCAUCGAGAGGAACCCCCAGUCCAAGCUCCCGGUAAGCCCCUACGGCAGCAGCUCAUCGUCCCCUCCGUCCACCGUCGCCGAUCCCCGUGCUCUCCCCCGGGGACAUCACCUCGCUUUCUCCGUCUCCAAUUUCGACUCUUUGGUCCGAACCCUCAAGGAAAAAGGGAUUGAGACGUUUGAGACGAUCCAACCGGAUGGUAAGACGAGGCAGGUCUUCUUCUUCGAUCCAGAUGGUAAUGGCUUGGAAGUACAAAGUCGGGAAGCCUCUUAAAUGUAUAAAUGGAACAGAACUUAUAUAGAUAUUGCGCAACCUAUCCUGUUUGGUACUUGUAAUCCUCAACAAGUAAACAAUCAGCAUGUUUUCCUGAUUUAUGCACUUUAUGUUUUACAAUUUCAUAUGCCCGCAUCCUUCAGUGCAACACAGGUGUGCUGAAUAGGAAACAGAAGGUUCAUGUUAGAUCCUUUGAUAAGUGAGAGUGGAUAAAAUAAAUCAAGUAAAUUAAGAAA